AUGGCUGCACGGGUUACUCUGCGCGCGCCUUUUGGCCUUCUCGAUGGAAUUAAUUGUUCAAGUAGACACCCUCAAUUGAAAAUUAAGACCGCUGUUAACAAUUUUCUAGAGCUCAGUGAGGUCUUCAAUGGCAACCGUUAUGGGUUGAAUGUGUUCAAGUUCGACCACCCCAUCUACCAGCACUCCAUCUACCAGCACUCCAUCUACCAGCACUCCAUCUACCAGCACUCCAUCUACCAGCACUCCAUCUACCAGCACUCCAUCUACCAGCACUCCAUCUACCAGCACUCCAUCUACCAGCACUCCAUCUACCAGCACUCCAUCUACCAGCACUCCAUCUACCAGCACUCCAUCUACCAGCACUCCAUCUACCAGCACUCCAUCUACCAGCACUCCAUCUACCAGCACUCCAUCUACCAGCACUCCAUCUACCAGCACUCCACCUACCGGCACUCCAUCCGCUAG